AGUUUCUCGGCCAUCUUCAAGGCCUGGAAUGAAACAGUGUGCAUAAGAAUCUCGAUUCGGUCUUGGCAAGAUGCAACCAAGUGCUUCAGGCCUUGUUGUCUGUUUCGUCUUCCUUCAGUUUGCCGCGCAGUCUCUUUCCUUCCAGCUCAUCUCUUCCGGUCAUCCUCGGGCUCAUCACAUUCCGGGGAUCGAGGCCAGCAGAUUCAAAAGUUCAUUCCACGAUGUCGAUAGACCAGCCCUUUCCCUCCCUGCCCCCCUUCACCACAGACUGCCGAGGCGGUUCGUGCUGAAGAGCAAGCAGUCGGCGUACGAUCUCAACGACGGAGGAAAGAAAGGAGAAGGUGGUGGUUUGCAGCCUACCUUGGCAAGACUAGCGCAGAAGGUCGUGAGGUUGUAUCAAGCGCUGGUGGGAUUCCUCUUUGCGAGGCUGAGAUGGCUGUCGACCGUGAACCCAGCGAUGAUAGCGGCAGUGCUGUUCAUGGGGAUGAUUUUCUUCGGGCAAGUUAGCAAAGGAUCUUCCAAGGCUGCCAGCAGCCCUCCUGUGCAGGAAGUGUCAUACAGCCGAUUCCUAGACAGCGUGAAGCAGGGAGAUGUGAAGAAUGCGUACUUGGGGAGUUCGAGCGUCACCUUCGUUCUCAACGAUGACACUCAAAUGAUUACAAGGAUCCCCCGG